AUGGAUUUCAAAAUGCAUGAAUACACCCAUGUUAUCGUUAGUAAAUCAUCGCCACGACUAGACCGGGCCGAUAUUAAUGACUCAAGACGCCAAUACGAUUGCUAUAUAAGACUACUGAGUGAAUUAAAUUUGGAAAUAAUUGAAAUCGAAGCUGGUUCAUCAUUCCCUGAGGCUGUCGUAUUGGAAGACAUUGCACUUGUGUGCCAUGGCAUUGCUUUGCUUCUCAAACCCAAAACGGGACAAGAACAGAUAGUAAAAUCUGUAAAACAAGCUCUCAAAGAUGACCUUGGCCAAACAGUAAUUGAAUUGUCUGACCCGGAUGCUAAGUUGCUAGGAUCUGAUGUCUUGUUCACAGGUCGUGAGUUUUUUGUGGGUAUUUGUGAAACAACUAAUGAAGCUGGCGCAAGUGCAGUGGCAGCGGCUUUUCCUGAAUUUCCAUGUACACCAAUCAAGGUUACAAACGGUGCACAGCAUUUGAAGAAAUACAUAACAGUCGCUGGACCAGAUAUUUUAUGUGUAGCAGCGAGUAAGGAAGCAAAGGAGUUGUUGAAACGGAUGGAAAGGGAAGCAAGUUUCUCAUAUCAGACACUCACAGUGCCUGAAGAGGAAGCAGCCAAUUGUCUAUACGCCAAUGGUACAUUGAUACACAGAGCUAUCGAGGAGAUACCGCAGUCAUUUAAGGUGUUUUGUGAGAAAAUUGAUUUCUCCCGCCGAUCGAUAUGUUUCUCCGAGCUGUCGAAGAUAUCGUCAGGACUUAGUGCUUGCUGCUUGCUGUUAAGGAAGCCAUUUACAACAUAA